UUUUCAAUGUAGACAAUACUAUAUAAAAAUUUUCAAUUUUGAUGUUUAAAAUAUUCUUUCAUUAAUAAACUGUAAUAUUAAAGUUAUAAAAGAAUGAUAAAGUGCACUUUCAAGUUGCUCUAGUGUAAAUAAACACCAAUAUUAAAUCAGCAAGAGCUUUUGGUAUUGUCUAUGGAAUGAAGUUUGUGAAUACCAUAAGAUUUUUUCUUGAAUAUAACUGUUCUUAUAUUGAUGAGUGGACCCACGCAAUAUAACAAGUAUGAAUCAAAUAAAAAAUAUUGGAAGCACAGAAAACCCCAAUCAGCCUUCAUUCCCCGUAAAUAAUACUAUUUCCGUAAAACGAACUAGUGCAUCAGAAAUAAGUAUCAGUUCGACAAAAAAAAUUAAAUUAGAUAAACCAAAUAACUCUGUUUGGCACACGGAAGGUACCCUAAUUAAGAAACCUUCCAGUGACUGUAGUAAAGAUGAGCUAGUUAAAAAAGGCUUCAAAAGGGAAUCUAUUUCAAAACCUUUUCAAAAUUUCCAAAAUCAGGAGGGGGAAAUUUCAACGGAGAGAGGAAAAUUGACUUUCAACACUAUUCGAAAUUUGGGCAGGUCUAUUAAUAGUUCAUGCCCUUCGAGUCCGUUGAAUACGGAAGAAUAUAUUGUGAUUUCUUCCAAAUUAACAGACGGUAAUGAAGAAAAAGAAAGUGAUAAACACAAUAAAAAGAAAUCAAAUUCAGAUGCUGGCAAUGCCCUAGUGAAUGUCAAUGCAAGUGGACGAAAGGAUGCUAAUUCCAAAUGCACUGCUCAGGCAGAACCUACUGAGGGAACCUUAUUGUCAAUAAACCAAGAAUGUAAUAUUAACGAAAUGGAUGUUGUGAUGUUGUCUUCUAUUCAGGAGCAGAAGUCAGCACAACAAUCGUCCCAAAAUUCUGAUAAUAAUUGUCACCCACCACCUCCAACACGCAUCAUAGCUUCCAAUGCCAGUGUUAUGCGGCAGAGCACAGUGACCUAUACUCGAAUAACAACUGCAAGUACAAUAUCCUCCGGUUUGCAAGCUAAUACCACUGUUUUAAAUCGGAGGAAUAUUUCACCAAAUAUGAAAAAUCAGCAAGUAAUGGUAACAACUAAAAAACUCCCGUCGGAAGUUACACAAACCACAGCAAAAGUUUCGAUUGGUAAUACUACUAUAUCCGUGCCAUUAUUAAAGCCUCUCAAUUCUUCGCAACACAUGCAUCCAGGGAGCUCGGGACACUGUGAUUUACAAAAACAAACGCAAACAGCUACGACAACAACUUCUCAACCGCUUUCUUCACAAACUCAAAUUAAUUUGAGUAAAAUUUUAACGGCAAAGCAAGGAUAUAAGGCAGGCCACCCAACAAUAGUUUCGCUCUCACAGCUUCAAAUCAAGCCUGUAUCAACGACGAAACUUGUCCAAACAAAAGUUUUCAGUAAGAAGCUACCACAACUUCAGUGUUCUGUAACAACAAAUUCGUCUAAUACCAACGCAAGUCUUGUCACUAUUGCUGUAUCAAAAUCUAAACAAAACAUAGCAAUUACACAAUCUGGUUCAAAGAAAUUUACUCAUAAACAAGAUCCUGGUGGUAUAAUACAAAAUAACACCAUUUCAGAAGAUGGACCAUCUCAGUCUGAUAAAAUUGUUUCAGAGAAUUUGGAAUUUACAAACGAACAAAUCGAAAAACCUGUCAGCGAGCUUACCAUGGCCGAAACAAAUAUUUCGCAAAAGGUGUGUUCAUCAGAAAUUCCAUUAAAGAUUGUGUCACCAGUGAACGAUGAAAUUACGUUAAACAAAACAACAGCCAGCAUCAAAAAAGUGUUAAAUCCAAAUGUUAACAUCUUACCUUUACUAACACCACUAUCAAAGAGUUUUGACCAGCAAGGAAAUUCAAAUAUAUAUCCAGCAGUAAGCAUAAUUAGACAAAGUGCACCUCAAUUAAUUACAACAUCAGCCACGACAACUUGUGUAUCUGUUUCAACAAGCGCCUCUGAUAAUAUAAUACAGGCAGAUUUUCAGAAUGCAAAAGCAACAAAUUUGAGCAAUCUGUGUGGAAAGCUAAAUACCUCAUCGUUAAUUUCGAUUCCGAAAAAUAUUUCAUUAGUUCUGUCUAAAAACAACGUUAAUCAACAAACGAAAGCUACUAUUAUGUCAGCAAAUACUGUUAGAAAUGCAAAUUCCACAGAUCAAAAGGUUAAAAAAAUCAAUUUAACUGUUUCAAGUGCCCUUAAUGUUGCAUCUGUCUGCUCCAUGAAUAUGAGUCAGUCUUUUAAUGUCAGUAAUUCUUCGAUUGGGUCAAGUCAGCCUCAUUCGCAAGAUGUGAGUCCCAUUAACAAAUCUACAGUUAUUUCUGUUGCAGUGCCACCGCCUGGUAUAAUAACUUCAGCUGAUCAAAACCAAAUAACGCGCAAAACUGUCAAAGUAACACCCUAUACAUUAUCUUCACUGGGACAACAUUUAGAUAAGCGUUGCAAAUCUGUUGAAGGACAUGAACAAGAUCAUCGUCCAAAUGUUACUAAUGUAGACAUAUUACCCAAGAAGCGCAUUAAACACGACAAUACAGACGCCACUGCAGAUACAUUUGAAAGUUUCAGUAAAAGAGAAAGCGGGGACAGUUUGCAUUCCUUUGGCGAUGUAAAAUCAAUAAUAAGUCAAGACAAACAUCACAACAUUGAACUCAAUAAGUCAUCUAUAAUAGUUCCUAAAUCGGAGGAAUCUAACAAUGUUCUGCUUAAAAAACUUCUUCAAAAUUCCAGCAGCUCGCAUAAUAUUAAUAUUUUGUCUACAAACUUGUCGAGCCCUUCAACGACUUCAAUUUGUAGUCAUGUAUUAUCAGCUCGUAAAGUGAUCAACGUACGCGCACCUAGCUUGGGUUUGGUUAGUUCCCUUGAGGCUCAGUUAGCACGUCCAGUUAUUCCUCCUGUUCCAGCAACUACGUCGACACCAGGACAAACGGAUAUAUCCAAGUCUAUAUUACAGAAAAAUAACACACAAGAAGACUUAUUAAAUAAAGUCCACAAUGAAACUUUAGGUUCACAAACUGAUCCGAAAACGAAGCAUCUUCAAGUAAUAUCGAAGGAAACUUCUUUUGUUUCUAACCCGACUAUUAACACAUUAUUACUGGAUGAGCCACACCGCACCAACUUAACAGUUACUGGGCAGAGUCAAGAGCUCGAUUCGAUUAAUAAAAUGAACCCUAAUAUAUGUGAUAAUAAUGAUAUCCUUAACAAAACGCAAGAAGCCACUUUAAAGGAUAACCAUCCCAAAAAUAGUAAUGGCAACGAAUUUAAAGAUUCUGGAAAUUCUGACGGAAAUGUUUCUCUGCCCAAUAAAAUGCAUGCAUCAAUUCGUUCCGAAAGCUCAAAUGAACAAAACUUGUCGACUGGGACAACAAUCCAUUAUUCCGUUAACAUGGAUAAGAAAGAAGAGACCAACACUGGCGGUUUAUCAACUCUUUCAACAUCUAUACCGAUUACAAAAAGCAUCACAGAGAAUUUAGAAAAUAGCGAUAGGCAAAAAAAUACUAGCAAACUGCUAAAAGCUCAUAAGAAUAGUUUGCCUGACGCGUCUGUAAAAUCAAAGGUAUCGUAUGAUAACGAAGUGCGAAGUUCAAAUAUUCUAGUAAACAUAAAAUUAGAAAAUAAAACCAGCUUAAAUGAAAAGAGUUUGUCGCCUGAGUCUAAUGAAUUGAGUAAUACAGCGUCGUCCCUUCAGAGAACAGUAAUUGUAGAUAAAGAUGUUGAGUCCCGAAAAAAAAGAAAAAGAGAAUACCAGAAGCAACGUAGAUUGUUGCUUAGUGGUAAAGAGUCAACUGUAAAUGUAAUAAACUCUACUUCGAGUGUACCUGGACCAAAAAAGAGGUCAAGAAAAAUAUCUAAGAUUGAAGAGGAUUAUGAUAAUUUUAUCGACAAUUUGAUGACCAACUUGAAGCAAAUGAAACCAAUGCAAGUGUUGGAACCUUUAUUAAAUAGAAACUUUAUUGUGUGCAAUACUUAUGGAUUAAGUAGUAAUCCCCAACGCGGAGUAAAUAGUAAGGAAAAUGGUGAUAGUUUUUUAACUCCUCCUCUUUUAGGGGUGUAUGGUAAUGCCCAUCGGUCCAACGCAAAGACACUUUAUGAUACGGGCUCUUUUCAUUCAAUUGAAAGCAAGGAGAAGCAGUUGUCUACAAUACAAAAUAACUAUUAUGAUCAAGAGUUUUCGCCGAAUAUACGAAAUAACUAUUACGAUCGGUAUUUACGAAUUUGGAGUAUUAUGAAAGAGCGCAACGUGGACUCUUCUGAUAUGAUAGAUAAUCAUAAAGUUAAUAAUGUUAGUAUUGGAAAUUCCGUGGGAGAAAUAUAUAACCGUUUGUCGCUUCAACAACACACCUAUCCCGGAUUGGUCAUAAUGAAUAAAAAUCAAGACCAUUAUAUAGACCGAAUGUCACCAAUUGUCCCCUAUAUCGAUCCUGCAAACCACAUAAAAAAGAACUGUCUGGUGAAACCGGUGAAGCAAAUCGUUGAUAUUGAAAAUGCGAAGCAGUCUUUUACUAUUGCAAAUGAUAUCAGGACCAAACGUGAGGAUAACAACAACCGCUUGGUUACCUUAUCUGUACAAUUAUCUGCUGUUAACAAUAUAUUCGGCGUACUUAAGGACUUAGCCAAUUUAUUGCAUAUUCCUGCUCCUGCAAUGUAUAAAAUUAUUGAUAAACCUUCAUUCAGCUUAUCUCGAGGCCUCUUACCAAAGAUCGAUAAUAAAUUAGUAGCUAAAGGUCAGAUAAGUUUUCAACAAGAUGUUAUGAGCGGUAAAAAAAAAAUAUGUUAUAAUUGUGGUACCUCUCUGACAACAAAUGCAGGAUUUCAGUCGUUUAAAACACCUUUCAGUGAUGCUAAAAAAUUGUCUUCUGACUUGUCACCAAUGAAGGUGCAAUUUUGUGACAAAUAUUGUUAUGAACAUUUUAAUAAUCCCAAUCUAGUGGAAAGCACGAAUGAAGACUCCAAAGUAAAAAAUGCGCAAUUGACGACAGAGCAAAAGUUUUCGCAUGAAAAUGCAAGUGGAGGUAGAAAUAUUGGAAAGCAAAGUACUGUUUCCAAAAAAAAUGAAAGUAAAUGUUGCACUUAUAAACACUACAAUGCUAACUGCUUUAACGAUUCAAAGAAGAAUAAUCGUGCUUCUGAAAAUGAAAGAAAGGACAGAUCGAUGUACAUUCGCGAAUCAUUUCUGGAGCAAAACAGUUUGAAAAGCUAUUUUGCUGGUUGCAUUUUAAACAGUUCGAGUGAAGAUGUGCGCCAGUGUGUGUUUUGUUACCAGCGAGGGGAUGGAGCAGCCAAUGGGCCAUCUCGUUUACUAAAUUUCGAUAUUGAUAAAUGGGUGCAUUUAAAUUGUGCUCUUUGGUCCAGCGAAGUUUAUGAGACAAUAAGUGGAGGCCUUAUGAACUUUCCAGCAGCUUUACAACUUGGACUUAACCAAUCUUGCAGCGGAUGUCAACAGCUGGGCGCCACUGUGCGAUGUUUCAAAAAUCGAUGCACCCAAGUUUUUCACUUACCGUGUGCAAUAAGAGAGAAUUGCGUUUUUUAUAAAAAUAAAACAAUACAUUGUCAACAGCAUGCUACUCGAUUAGAAAAGGAAAAUGAACUAACAUCCCUUAUUGUUCAUAGGCGUGUAUUUGUUGAAAGAGACGAAAACAGACAAGUUGCUACUGUUAUGCAUCAUUCAGAAUUGACAAAUUUACUUAGGGUUGGCACUUUGAUAUUAUUGAACAUUGGUCAACUACUUCCACAUCAAUUAGAAGCGUUCCACAACAUAGAUCACAUUUAUCCUGUAGGAUACAAAGUCAUUAGAUUUUAUUGGUCGAUGAAAGAGCCAAAUCGUCGCUGCCGUUACGUUUGCUCAAUAGCUGAAAUUGCCGGUCGCCCUGAAUUUCGAAUUCAGGUUCAGGAAUCUGGAAAUGAAAUUGAAUUGCGGGAUUCCUCCCCUAAUGCUGUGUGGAAACAAAUUUUGACACCAAUCGCAACUAUGCGCAAGAAUAAUAAAGUUGUGCAACUCUUUCCUCAAUUCAUUUCUGGGGAAGAUCUCUUUGGUUUAACAGAGCAUUCUGUUGUACGGAUAAUAGAAAGCUUGCCGGGUAUAGAAACUUUGACAAAUUACCGUUUUAAAUAUGGACGUAAUCCAUUAUUGGAGUUGCCACUUGCCAUCAAUCCCAGUGGAUCUGCCCGAACUGAGCCAAAACAGAAACAAAUUGUUCCUUGGAGAAAGCCUCAUACGCAAAGGACUGGCUCUACGGCAAACCAACGUAUGGCGAAUUCCACAGCGUCUAUUGCGGGGGAAAUAGCUUGUCCCUAUAGUAAACAAUUUGUGCACUCAAAAAGCUCGCAAUAUAAAAAAAUGAAACAGGAAUGGAGAAAUAAUGUUUACUUAGCCAGAUCUAAAAUACAGGGGCUCGGCUUGUAUGCAGCUCGGGAUAUAGAAAAACACACAAUGAUUAUAGAAUACAUUGGAGAAGUUAUUCGUACCGAAGUGUCAGAAAUUCGAGAAAAGCAAUAUGAAGCCAAGAAUCGAGGAAUCUACAUGUUCCGACUGGACGAAGAUAGAGUUGUUGAUGCCACUUUGUCUGGGGGACUAGCCCGCUAUAUAAAUCACGCUUGCAAUCCUAACUGUGUAACUGAAACUGUUGAUGUUGACCGUGAACUUCGGAUUAUAAUAUUUGCCAAGCGAAGAAUUAAUAGAGGAGAAGAGCUGUCUUAUGAUUACAAAUUUGAUAUAGAAGAUGAUGCGCAUAAGAUAUCAUGUAUGUGUAGUGCUCCCAAUUGCAGAAAAUGGAUGAAUUGAGCUGAUAUAUAUAUGUAUAUAUAUAUAUAUAUUAACUAUUUUAAGCAAAAUCAUAUCAAUAUUAUAAACGUGUAAAAUAAUAAGUAAAAUUAUUAUAUACAACUAAACUUAAGCGGAUGUAUUUAGUAUAUUACUUCGUUAUAUAUAUAUAAUCAUGUAAUGUUAUAAAUAAUAAAGUGCUUGAAAUUUUGUAGUUGCA